AGUCCAUGUAAGGCGUUACUUUCCUUUACUUAAUAAACUGACGUCAUGGUGAUAAGGAGAUUUUUAGGCGGUUCCAGGCACAGCAGUCGUACUCUGUGGUCAGCUCUGAGUUUGUGAACAUCUGUCUGUCUGCCUUGUGGAAAAACUUGCCUAACCAAUAAACAUGGCCAACCAUGGACCCAGUUAUGGAUUUAGUAAGCUUGUACAGAACAAGAUCGAGAAGAAGUAUGAACCAGAGCUGGAGGAGCGGCUAGUCGAGUGGAUUAUUGCCCAGUGUGGGCAAGAUGUCGGCCGACCUGAGUCUGGGAGGGUGGGUUUCCAGUCCUGGCUUAAGGAUGGCACAGUACUCAGCCAGCUGAUCAACAGCCUCUAUGCUGAUGACAAGAAACCAAUCAAGAAGAUUCAGACCACUGAUAAGGCUUUCAAACAAAUGGAACAAGUUUCGGAAUUUCUGAAAGCUGCUGAGAGAUAUGGCGUCAACAAGACAGACAUCUUCCAAACCGUGGAUCUUUGGGAAUCUAAGGAUUUGGCUGCUGUGCAAAGAACCCUCAUGGCCUUGGGAAGUAUUGCAGUAACAAAGGAUGAUGGAUAUUAUCGUGGUGAUCCAAACUGGUUUCACAAGAAAGCACAAGAGAACAAACGUGAAUUUACAGAAGAACAACUACGCCAGGGGAAGAACAUCAUUGGCUUACAGAUGGGAAGCAACCAAGGAGCAUCACAGGCCGGAAUGGCUGGCUAUGGACUUCCCAGGCAGAUUAUCAGCUAAAAAAAUCUCUUAGCUGAACUCUUUGUAAAGCAAAGUUCUACCAUUUCAAAGUGAAUAGAAGUCCAAACAGCCCAAAACACUAAAACCUUCAACAAAGUAAAUGGUGUGAUUUAGGCAGGUAGUAUUUAUUAUUUGGCAGUUUAAAAAGGUGUCCUUUGUCCUUUUAAAGUCUUGCAACACUUAUUGCCCCCCCCCCCCCGAUAUGGGCUGUAAUGUGGACAUAUGUUACAUUUGCUCUAGUACACGGACCUUUCCAUCACGCAUUUAUUCAUUAAAAAUUACCGAUGGCUGCAAGGACUGCUGUCACUUUGCUAACUUGUCGCUUCAACCCUGAUGUGGAAUUGUAUAGAUGUAUUACAGCACGCGGACAAAGCUUAACCAUUCUGCUUUAUGUUGCUUCAUUUUAAGUCUUAUCACUCUGUCUAGUUGGUAAAGAGAUUUCCUUUUUAUGUAUUAAAAAUGUAUGAAGAUAAGUUUGAAAUGAAUAAAAUUGUCCUUUUUUUUUCUUAUUGAAAGUCACCUUUGGAAUAAUUAGCAUGUUGAUCAAGAAAAUGUUUUGUUAAAUGGCCAAAGGAAUUCAAAGGGAACAGCUUAAUUAUCAGAAUUCCAGUUAUUUUUUAGCAAUGGGGAAAGUCUCUUGGUGCUCGGUUUAUCUUGCAUUGGGCAAAUUACUUCAAAUGUUGCUACUUGUCACGUACAACAUGACUGAUUCAAUGGGAGACUUGUGUACUUUCAGGUAAACCUAGUUUCCAGUGCUGCACCUUACAUUGUAAGUGACUUGCACAAGUUUGACCAAAAUAAUCACUUGUUUUAGUGUUCUGGAUGCCAGUGUUACAACUAUCCUGGUCCAGAAGUCAUAAAAAGGCUGAAGUUGUGGAGUAAUCAAUAGCAGGUUAUGUUGUGGGAAGAAACAAAAAUUCUAAAAUCACAUUGUGCAAGUGCCCCUGCUGAAAAAUAACUUUUGUUUCAAUGUUGUACAUUUUUUUUUUGCUUUUAUAAUUCAUUGGCCCUAUAUUUUGUACAUUAUUUUUUGCUUGUCAAUUGAAACAGUACCAACUUGAAUAAAAACUUAAGAUGGAGA